UAUCGACAUAUAUUAAAACGGAAGAGACUGACAAUGUUAUUACAUUAUCAAUAUGCAUGAUCAAAAUAACAUCCAUUAUACCAUAAUAGAUUUUUUGCAAUGGGCAGAAACAAUGCAGUCAUCGUUGGAACUCGUGGGUAUUGUUUUCUAAUACCGAUUGCGCGCACAUGUGACUGAAACGGCAUUGCUGGCACACUGUAAAUCGUAUCUAAAACGAUUCCCCUUAAAAAAUUGCUUUUCAAAAAUACAUAUUCCCUUUUUUCUUUUCAACUAAAACGAUUCAUUAUCAAGAGAGGCAAAGUUCAAAGUUGCAGCGAUAUCAGACGAUACGUAAAUACGUAGAUAAAAAUUUAUUUCGCAUUACAAACUAAUCGUAUAAAUCCAUGAGUGAACAAUGCUAUAUACACAGAGGCUUUCAGUCAUAGUCGCGUGUCGCAAUGCUGUUACUAGUUGUGAAUCAGCUCAUCGUUGAAACGACAAGAGCGACAAUUCGUGAAUCGCGGGAUUAUUCUUCCUUUGAAAAUGUUGUUCUUAAGCCACGAGGUGGCUCCUGGCUACUACUUAAACCUUCACCUGAUAAUCAAAACUACGUUUGGACACACGCGCACACGAUUGCAUUUCAGGAUCUUUAUAUCAUCUGUUAUAUCAUCAGAAAUGAAAUGAAAUGAAAUUUGUCUGUCUCUCGUGAUACUCCUGUUCGGCUUCUUCUAUUUGCUUUAACUAAAGGCGCGAACACGUUGGUUGUUGUGUUCGCGUGUAUGACUCUCACAACUGUCCCUCCGAUCCAAUUAUGUAGGUGCAUGUAACACAUAUGUUGUCAUGAAUUUUUCGAGCGAUGGGACUAGUAGCACUAGUAGCGUUACUCAAUAUAUAAUCACUGUACGACCUCGCUCGAUUGCACUUCUCUCUCAUACGACACACCGUAUGUUUCGCUACUAAAUCAUUCUAAACUUCUACGUGAAAUAUACAUUACAAUAGUUACAUUGUUAUAUCCAUAAUUGCAUUACCAAACGCGAAGCUAAUUGUGUAUUUAUUUUGGUUGCAUUAUUCAUUACGUUAAUUACAAAAACUGAUUAAAGAAUUUCAAUAAUAAUUUUUCUACCCCAAAAUCGAAAAGUUUGAUCCUUUAAAACUGAUCACGUUAAGUAACACUCAUGGAAUUUUUUCCCUUAUUACGUCACAUAUCCAGCGUUCGGAUGAGGUAGCAUCUCUAAAUAAACAUAUGUAUAACUAUUGCUAUAACCGGUUUAUCGUGUUAUGUGAUUUUCGAUUGUGACGCUUAAGUAAGUCUUAGGAGCGUUACUUAACUGUUAAAGGAAUAAGUUCCUUUAAUGUAUUGUCCUUGUUCCACAGCAACUCGAGUGAAUGAGCUAGAUCCCUGCACUCUUUUAGACUUUAGGUUAGCAGGCUGUCCAUCUAUACUUAAGCGUGCGCGCACAUUGUGCUGCACGCGCGAUGCAUACAUUUAAAUGCUUAUCCAAGGUUAUUGCUUACUGACACAUCGUCACCGCUGUUAAUACAUUACUUAUAAAAUAGCUACUUCUGCAUUCUAUAAAGUUUCUCAUCUCUAAUAACUACCAGAUUAGAUUUCCACAUAUUCUGAAAUUCUCGAUUAUAUUUAGAUUAUUACAAUUUUUACAAAAUAUUCAACAAAAUAAGUAAUCCUUGAUUAACAUAUUCCCUAAAUAUGAGUUGUAGAAAUAAUUCAACAAAUAUAUGUAUUAGUUCUUGUGCAUCGAAUAUUAUGCAAGCGGAACAGUACGAUUCCUUGCUACGUUGACCUCAUUUCUCGGUUGACCUUAAUAUCAUACAAGAUAACGGAUCUAUUAUCUUUGGAUGAUUAUUUAAUUAUAUAACUUGAUUCGAUAUCUUAAUAAUUAUAUGUCUUGCGAUAAAAAUGCUGAAGUAUUUUGCGAGUUUGUGCUGCUAUUGUGUGCAUGUACUUCGUAAUGGAUGACAGUGUUGCUGAAAUACAAGUGAAGGUUUAUUUUUUUGCCAAAGCAAGAGAGUUAACGGGAAAAAAAGAAUGUUACAUUACUGUUCCUCAAAAAUUAUCAUACGUUGACUUAUUAGAUAAAAUAAUAAGCCAAUUUAAAUUAGAAAGCAUUCGUGAUACAUCAAUCUUAGCAGUGAAUGAAGAAUUUGUUGCUUCAGAUACAACACUAGUACUUUCAGAAAAAGACGUAGUUGCUGUUAUUCCACCACUUAGUGGAGGUUAAAAUGAGUACUGCAAAAGAUAUCGUCAAAUUGCAACAAGAAGAGUUAAAUGUUGGACACAUAAUUGAUUUAGUAACAGCUCCUAAUUGUGGGGCUGUAUCAAGUUUUGUUGGCAUUACUCGUGACAAUUUUGAUAAUAAGAAGGUUUUAAGAUUGGAGUAUGAAGCAUACGAACCAAUGGCUUUAAAAGAAAUGAAAAACAUAUGUUCAAAAAUUCGUUCUCAAUGGAAUGUUUAUCACAUUGCUAUAUAUCAUCGCCUAGGGGAGGUACCAGUAUCCAAAGCAAGCGUGGUAAUUGCUAUUUCUUCUCCUCAUAGGGAAGAAUCAUUAAAAGCUAUUGAAUAUGCUAUUAAUUCAUUGAAAGCAUCAGUUCCAAUUUGGAAGAAAGAGGUAUAUGAUACUCAAGAAGUUCAAUGGAAAGAAAAUAAGGAGUGUACCUGGUCAAAUAUUCAUGAUAUGAUUGAUGUAGAAGAAUCAGAAAAUAUUACAGUAAAUGACACAGUAGAAACUGUAAUAGAAUAUGACGAUGAAGAAGUAGAAAAAGAAGAGGAUGAUGUAAUAAUUGAUCCAAAUCUUGUUCAGAUUCGUGCUACCCCGGCUGAACUGAAUCACAGAAUAUUGUCUUUCAUUGAAAGAAAACGUCAACAAGUAAACAUCGUUAAUGUACAAGAAUUUUGUUGCCAAAGGGAUCAAAAUGAUGAGAAUGAUAAUUCAUGCGCGAGAGUAGAUGCCAUUCUUAUUAGGAGAAAAGAUUCUAAAAGUCAUGUUAAAGUACAUAGAGUACUCAAUGCUUGGGGACCUCAAACAGUCGAUCAACAUGCUUUACAUAAAGCUACGAUGUCGGGAUCGACCCAAACAAAUAAUAAUUAUUCGUCCGUAUUGGAUGAAAGAAUCUCAACCACCGAAAAAAUUCUUGGAAUAAAUCGACCUGUUCCCAAAGAUGUAUAUGAAAGACUGAAAAAUAUCGAAGAUCGAAUAUUAUACUUAGAAGGCAUAUCUCCUGAAUACAAAGAUCUUUGGAAAGCAGAAGAUAUGAACAACCUCAAAGGAACAUUUAAACCAGUCCGGAAAAGGACAUAUUCUAUGGCAGAACUUGAUUCUAAACUGCACGAAUUAGAAGACAAAUAUGCCAAAAGAACGAAAUGAUCUCUCAUAAAAAAUUGUUGAAGACUGACCACUUAUUUAUACAUAGCUAAAUUUUUCAAAAUAAAUAAUAUAUCAUAAGUAUAGGAAA